CUGGCUUUCACCACUUGUACUGUUGUAGUCGCACAAGAGCAAAUUUCUCUAAAGUUCACGCCAACCCUGGUGCCCCAGUUGCAGUUGCUUGUUGUGGAUUCGGUAACCCAUGGGUGUCCUGGGUUAGCCUUGUGUGAACCAACGUACGUGUAAUAGUAGUAGAUGAUGUGCCUGCGAAUGCAACAUCUUCGUAGAUAGUUGUUGGCGGUGAGGGAUCGUCGCUCCUUAUCCGCUGUCGCAAUGGAGCAGUGCAUGGCAUUGUAUGACUAUCUCGCGAAUCAAGAUGAGGAGCUGAGUAUUCGUAAAAAUGAAAAACUUACACUGCUGGACAGUUCUAAAACUUGGUGGAGAGUUCAAAACGCUGGUGGAUCAAUCGGCUAUGUCCCAUCCAAUUAUUGCAAAAAAAUCGACACACCUGCACCUGCACCUGUAGCACAACCAGCAGCAUCUACUCCAAUAAAGCACACUGCUGUCAAAGAUGAAGCUGGAAUGUAUCAGCAAGUGGACAUGACUUUCAAUAAGAAGCCAACGAAGGUGGUGGCAAUUGUCAAGUAUCCGUAUGCAGCCACAAGGGAAGAUGAGCUCACGCUAAACAAAGGCGAACAGGUAACAGUAAUAGAGAAGGAAGGCGAUGGGUGGUGGAAUGGAGAAGUCAAUGGUGCAUGCGGUUGGUUCCCGUCCAAUUAUGUGGAGGAGACGACUAUUCCAGAUCCUACCCCAGAGCCGACAAUACAGAAUUCAGUUGCACAAACACCGGCAGAACCGACAGUCAUUUGCCGUGUGCGCGCACUUUAUGCGUUUCAGUCUGGAAAUCACGAGGAGUUAUCGUUUGAGCGAGGCAACAUGAUGGAUAUCAUCGACCAGCCAGAGAACGACCCAGACUGGUGGGAAGCACGGAAAUCUGAUGGAUCGACUGGACUUGUGCCCCGCAACUACGUAGAAGUCGUCCAUGAUGAUCCUCCAGUGCAGCAAAAGCCAGCCUUCCCUGCUGCAGGUCCAGCCGGUGCAGGCAUGGGCGGUGGUGCUGCCAAGCCCCAGCUACCCGUGGGUCGUUCCUUUGAGAACAGGCCUUGGUUCCACGGGAAAAUGUCUCGGAAUCAGUGUGAAGGUCUCCUGGCUCGUGCGCGUGAUGGUGACUUCCUAGUGCGAGAAAGCGAAAGCAAGGCUGGCGACUACUCUAUAUCGAUGAAAUCACCAGGGAAGAUUAAGCACUUCCGCAUCCAGAGCCUUCCCGGUGGCCAGUAUGGUAUUGGGCCAAGGAAAUUCACACAAAUUGAGGAGCUGGUCGAUCACUAUACGAAAGCACAUAUUUACACGGCAGAGGACGGCACGCGUAUGUAUUUACAGCACGCUUUCCCCAAGUACUGAGCACCACCACAUGUACAUCUGCUGAUAGGUCUUUCUUUGCUCUUUCUCUGUUCCUCGCCCCUCCCCCCCCCCCCCCCCCGCCAUCACCCUAAAUGCUACCAUUACCCGAAGAUUUAAAAGUCCUCUUUUCUGCUAGUUUUAUUUUGUGUUGUGCGUAUGUGCGUGUUGUAAUUAUUACUCGUCCUCUUGUAAUAUUGACCUUGUCCAUAUUGCAUUGUGUGCCUCCCCCUAUUUGCCUCUGUACGCAUAUGUAUACUCUUUUCUUUUCUACCCUGGAACAAUUAUGGUGGCAUUCUCAAAAAUCAAUGCCAUAAAUCAAUGCCAUGGUCGGUAGUCAAUAGUGUGUCGUGCUUUCUUUGUCGGGGAUAGUUUUUUUUGCUUUUCUGUUUUGCUGCCUUUUUGGGCAUGUCCACUGUGUUGCCGUCGUGUUGCGCGCAUCUUGUCCCCUUUCUAUCUCUUCUUAUCUACUCGCGCGCGAUCUCUUGAUUUUGUCCAUUUGUUCCGACGGCUGUAGGAACUUGAUGAGAGCCCGACUAAGUCUAUUGACUCCUGCCACUGUUAGGUAUGGGUGGUACGUUUGAAGUAUCUCGGUGUACCACCCGAGCCUCACGGGCGAUUCUAAGUAUUGUUGAUAUUUGUCCUGCAUGUGUUGUUUUUGUCUCUUUUUCUUUUCUUUUUUUUCUCGUUUAUCAUUUGGACCUCAGUGUAGGGCGCAUGUUCCGCUAUAGAUUUAACUCUAUUAUCCAACUUGUCGAGACUUGUUGUUGUAUGUUGCUUGCUGCUGUGCGUUCCGAGAGAUAUCAAAAUUACUCUUGGUGAUAUGCA